AUGCAACCUUCAGUCAUUCAAAGAGCCGUGGUCCAGAGAACCAUUCGCGCCUCUACAACGCGCUAUUGGUUACAAACACGAAAGCCCAUCAUCACACAAUCACAACUACGAUGUCUCUCGAAAGAUGCCGCUUCAGAACAUAAUUCAAAUGGUUUCAAUUCAGGAAAGCGUAAUUCCGAGAAUGAAUCAUCCCAUAAUCAAUAUUGGAAGGAUCGAAAAGAUUACUCGUCACAUGAUGAACCUUUCAAUGCUAAGACUAAAAUGCUCGACGCUGCCUUGACAGCCUUUGCAUCUAUCAUUGUACUUGGAACAGGAUUUGCCCUAGGUGGUUAUCUCUAUCAUAGGUUCUACAAAUGGAUGGUUAUUCACAAGAUGGAAAUUGCCUUCAAGCCGGGUGAUCCAGUUCUAGACCUUGCCGCAACUACGAAACAGAUGCCAAAGAGGUAUGAAGCUGACGAUGAUGAACAUUGGAUUCACCGUGCAGAGCAAGAGAAAAUUGACAAAAUAGUGCACGGAGAAGAUCGUGGACACUAUCAUCUAUUGAUCGGAGAAAAGGGCGUAGGCAAAUCCAGUAUGUUGCUCGAGGCCAUGCAGAAAAUUGAUGGUGAAGGAGUCAGUAUGUUUGAAGCACAUGCGGACCCUGAGAUUUUCAGAGUACGUUUAGGAAAGGCACUCAAUUUUGAAUUUAAUGAGGAUUACAUCGGAUCGUACUUCUCUGAACGAGGACCAAGAGAUAGCACAGCUUUGUUGGAUAUUGAAAGAGCGAUGAACAAGUUGGAGAAAGUUGCAUUGAAGAGACGAAGUACUGGUCGUGGACCUUUGAUUGUCAUUAUAAAUGCGAUACACCUUCUCCGAGACGACGAGAACGGCAAGGACCUACUCGAACUGUUACAACAACGUGCCGAACAAUGGGCCGCUUCCAACUUAGUCACUAUGGUUUUCAAUAGUGAUGACUAUUGGGUUUAUGAAAGACUAAAGUUACUAGCAACCCGUAUGGAAGUUACCACGAUUCCCGAUCUUCCACGUAGCCUGGCUGUGUCUGCUCUCCAAAGAUAUCGUCAAAAAUACUAUGCCGAAACACCUUCUACUGAAAUCCUAAAUGAGGUCUACAACCGCGUAGGCGGCCGUCUUACAUUCUUGAACCGAGUUGCCAAAUCCUCGGAUAUGCUCGAAACAUGCAACAACAUCAUCGACACCGAACGCCGCUGGUUCCUAAACCAAUGUUGGAUCCUGGGUAUGGAAAUGGACGACGACGUAAUGGACCAACAAAAAUACGCCUCCGCAGCCAUGGUCCUAGCACAAGCGCUCGUCGCCGCCGAAAAAGAUACACCCACCUACAUCGACGAUGGCUCGCACAAUAUCCCUGAAAUCCCUCUCCACAAAGCCCGCCAGAUUAUGACGCGCGCAGAUUUCAUCCAGCAAUACGAUCACGUGAAUCUCUUUACCAUUACCUCGAAAGCGAUGGUGCGCGCGGAUUCCGUGCCCAUGCAACAAGCUUUCCGUAGUAUCUGCGCCGAAGAAGGUUUCGAAAAACAUCUCGAAGCGACGUUGCAGAGGAUUAAUGAUAUUGAGAGUUUGGGCAGAACGAGAGAGAUUGUGGCGAAGGAUUUGGUGCUGGGUGGGAAGUAUAAGAUUACGAUGAGUGAUGGGGAGAAGAAGGGUACGAAGGUUACGGAGGUGGUGUUGGAGGAGAAGCCGGAGGAGGAGGAUGCUGAUGGGGAGGAUAAGUAG